AGCGAAGCCUCCUCAAUGCAGCAACGUCACUCAGACUGCUCACUCACCGCCAGUCAGGCGUCAUUCCAUCGUCGGAAAAUGGACAUCAUGGCCAUCGGCGAGGAGCUGCGAUUGCGACUGCAUGAGACCGAGCAGCCGCUCAUCAAGGAUCGUCGCUACCACUUGAAGCUCUACGCCAAUUGCUUCGUCGGGCGCGAGGUCGUCGACUGGCUGGUCGAGAACAAGGAGGCCGAAUCGCGCCAGCAAGCCGUCGAAGUGAUGCGCACGCUGCAGGACUACAACGUGAUGCAUCACGUUUGUGAUGAACACGAGUUCAAAGACGAGUAUUUGUUUUUCCGUUUUCGUCGUGAUGACGGAACAUAUCCUGAAGAGCCGGACGCUCUCGCUUUCGCUCGAGGCCAGAGAAUCUAUUGCAGAGUAAAGCUGGAGAAGAAUAUGAUAAAAGAUAGAAAAUAUCACUUGAAGUCGUACAAGAAAUCGUUCGUCGGCAAGGAGUUGGUCGACUGGUUGGUCACGAAUAAUGAAGCGUUAGACAGACAAGAAGCCUUGAAGGUCGGGAGAGAGUUACUCGAAGCCGGAGUCAUUCAUCACGUGUGUGAUGACCACCAUUUUAAGGACGAAUAUCUCUUUUAUCGCUUUCGAAACGAUGAAGCCGAGAGGCAAAAGUUUUCCGACGUGCUCGGAGUUUUGAAGCACAUGUCGCCGUCGGCUCGAAGAAACAUGAAGAGCAAGAGUAUAUUGCCGGGAUCACCGUUACCGCAGACGAUCACGUCGUCAUCAUCUUAUAGGAGGGAUGUGCCGAUUAGCGAGGAGCAGGAGUCGAUACCGAGUGGGGAGACGCAGUCUGGUGAUGAAGGGUAUUACACACCGAUGUCGGCUAUUCCAAGUGGUCGGACUCCGAUGCCUGUUCCGUCUCCGUCAGAAGAGCAAGUAGUCAUGCCAGUUACGAUAGAAGAACUCAUGGCACCGAAUGCACCGUUUAUUAGGAAAACCGUGAAGGUAACGAGUGAUCCAGUAGGUUACGGUUUCGUUAUACGAGGGGGUCGACCUGUUCACGUCCACACAGUAGACCCUGCAGGACCGGCUGCUGCGGCAGGUCUAACAGUGGGCGAGUAUCUGUUGUCGGUGAAUGGGCACGAUGUCUUACAUUCGACACACACCGAAGCAGCAAGAUUGAUUCUGAUCGGUGCAAGCACGGCGGCAUUGGUGACGAUGCAGAGGAAGGCAUAGCAGCCGGACACGGGCACGGACACGGACACAGUUAAUCGCAUUGUAGCACGACAUCGAGAUCAUUCUGCCAUAUUUGUAUCGAGUGGAUUGUUGUAUAGUACGUGUGCUGCUGUAACUGGGGAUGGUAUUUUAUGUGGCACAUUUGUGGUGUACUAUUCCAUAUACAUUGUAUUGUAUUGUAUUAAGACACGUGUGCGUACAAUGUACGUAUGCUGGAGAGCAUUUGGUGAGUGAUUAUGGGAAUGAUAUUGAAACGCACUCUUGUUGGGGUCUGCAG